GAUUCAACCGUCUCGAGCUGCUGCUCCGGUCAGUUACUACAAAAUGGCUGCAGAGGCUCCGCCGCCGACGAGAACCUCUUGAACGUUUCACGGUAGGUUUUUUUAAAUUUGACGUUUUCGGGCGGUUAGGACGACAUUUCUGCUCCUUGUCGCCUCUAACCGUCGGUAAAAUCGCGGCAUUCCGGAGUGAAAAAUGGCAGCUGUGGCAGGAAUGAGAAUAUUUCCAGCUCAGCCCACUUUGACAUCAAUGUUUUCUUCGCUCCGAGCAGUUUAACGUCCGCGUUUUUUACUUUCUGCUAACCCUAAACGCGGAUUUGAUACGCUUUCUCGACGCUAACUGUGACUUUUUAGCGUACUAGCUUUUGAAUUGAAGUGAUUGAAGGGCACCCUGGUUGGUUUUCGGUUGUUGUAGUUGUAGCAGGCAGCAAGCAGCAGGCUUCGGCUCUCUAACGGCUGCUGUUGCAUCGGUGUGAAGGAGAGUUGACAUGAAUAUUUCUGCUGAACAUGUACCGAGCUGCAGAGCCUCUAACAUGCAUCACCUGGUGGAUAAACGCAUUAGCAAACACGGAUGAAUUACUGAUUUAAUAGCCGCACUAGGUUUCCUUUAUUUAGAGUGGUUGUUGCAUAUGCAUUAUCAUCCCUACAGCCAUUUACUCACUUUAAAGUAGAUGUUUUCCACGUCAAAUGCAGCUGUCUGUAGUCAAAACUUCUCCUUUAAUGGAUGUAUUGCUUUUGGACUCUGUCACAUAAUCUGCAUUUGUUGGAUUACAGCUCCUCAGCCUUGGUUGCAGCAGAAGGGAGCUGUGUAAACCUUGAGAUAAGAUGCAUCAGUGAUUGCUUCCUGUAUUUCCCUCACCAUAGAGACAGCCCUCAUUGCCCCGGGUUCCUGCUGCAGCUUGAUAUCCUGCAGUGUCACACACACACACACUCCUGAUGGAGCAGGCGGUGUGUACAGACUGGGUAUGCCCACACUCAUGCAUGCAGAGGGCCGGCUGACGUCAGCGCAGAGGCCUGCUGCUUUUACUAAUGUGUAAAUAGAGUCCCUAAUUUGGGACUGGGACUGGCAAGGGAUGAAGGGAUAGUUGGGGUGAAGGGAAGGGGGUCUUUUCUGUCCCCGGCCGGGUCAGGGGCCCCAGUCAGCACCCAAGCCCCUGAAAGAGGCAGUGUGUUCACAAAGAGGCGCCAAAGGGGGCUUGAUAACAAAAACAGGCCACUAAAUACUGUGAUUACUUUAAGGCUCAGGUCGUAGCCUCACUUUGAGUUUAAAACUUUUGGUGGCUGUUUUCAGACUUGGACACGAGGUCUGGGGGGGCAGGUUGCCAGAUUGUGGCAUUUAGUCUGGUGUCAGUGAUUAGGUACUUAGCUGGAGCUCUCUGUAAAGAUGAUGAGCAUGUAUUGUGUACAAAGGAGUUUAUUACUGUAACAGAACAAGUUUUGAAGCGGUCUUGUUUUCACAGUUGCUCCAAUCCUGAGCCGGAUUUCUUGCACAGAUUAUUUUAAGGGCUGUUAACAGUUUACAUAACAUUUUAAAGACUGAACAAACUCUCUAGUAGGAGCUGUCUGAUGUAAAAAUUCAACAAUCGCUCAGAGUUAUGCAAACUGCCUCAAGUUCAGGUCGAUACUUCAUCAAGAAGCUUCAUUUCUUCUCAUUUAUAGAGACAAAUGUGUACUGCUUUAGAAAGGUACACGCUUGGAGUUUAAUAAGACAGAUUUUAAAGAUGUCCUGUGAUUGAUUGGACUCAUAAAUAGUCAGGGAAGCUUGUGAAAAGUGUUCAAUAGUUUUAGAGCGUAAAACUGACACAGGGACUGGAGGCUGUGCUUUUUGGAGCACGUCCAUACAAGUUAUUUUAGGGCCGGUUCAGAGUGCCAGGAGUGCAGCAGCAUACGUUUCUCUCUUCCUUGUCGUCAGGCCGGGUCAGAAAGCAUUAACAUGACCACACUGAGAAUAGCUUCAAGUACUUUAGCGAGUGCAAUCCUCUUUACAGAGUACAAGGACUUUGUUAGUGCUUACCAAGCAGUUUUUAAACCCUCGCACAAUUAGAAAGGUGGACGGACCAACUUGGUUGUUUGGGAAAUCUGCUGAACAAUGUGUUACAUGGAAUAUUUUUCAGGGGCUACACAAAAGCGGGGACUGCGCAGAAGAGCAGAGGGGGCUGCAUGCUCUGCCGUAGCUGUGGCGGCUGCUGCUGCUGCUGCUGUGGUUGCUAGUGAGCGCCUUCCCAAGGGUUCGCCGUGCUCUUGUUUGGCUUGCAGCGAUGGCAUUCCUGGCUCUGUGCCCAGCGACUGCCGUCUAGCACCCCUUCCCCCAUCCCUCUCACACACACACACACAUAACCAGCCCUGCUGUCGUAGCCCCCUCUUCAUCACUCCAAUGUGGGCCAGCUCCACAUUUACAUAUGCACAAUUCACCUUGCACACUUUGACUCUCUCUCCUCUCCAUCGCCACUCGAUUCUCUUCAGAUUUUACACCUGCUUUUAUUAGGCUGUCCUUGGUCUCUUUCCAGCCGGACUUUGUUUUCCUUUUUUCCUUUUUUUUUUCGCCUCCUUUGUCGGCGGAGCGAGUGUGUGGUUUAAAAAAGGACACCAGGCUUUAAUCCUGUUGUUCUGACAGGAGGGUGUAAUUCCACAACAGAGCUGAGCUUAUUGACCUGCGUCCUUCAUAUCGACACGAGGUGUGCUGCAAACAGCUGCCAAUGAUGGAGCUCAGCCCACUAUAAGUAAAUAAGCAAAUUAGUGAUUGGGAUUUGGUUAUUUAUACAGAUUGCCGCAUCGUUUGUUCGAUAAAAACGGAGCCUCGGGAUUGGAUUAAUUUGAAAAUCCUUGUUCCCACAAAAGGGAGUCCAUAUUUUGAAUACCUGUGUGCUAUUUGCAUACAUCCAAACAGAGUAGAUGUAUCAUUGUUGCAUCCUCUCCCUUUCACCAUCAGUCAGCGCUCUUGAGUUCAGGGGAAUCACAUCUGUCCAAGCCAGGCAGAUGUUUGGAAAUGAACCAGCAACUCUCAUUGAGACUCUCCGUCCUGCUAGGGGACCAAAUGUUUCUUAAACUGUAAUCAUUUUGACACUUUGCUCGACACUCGCUCUCGUCAUCUGCGUUGGAGGCCGACAGCGGCUCACAUUAACUGGAGCAUCUCUCUUAUCCUCUGAUCCUACAUGACACAAGCCCCACUGAUGCCUUUGAAAGGAGCAGCACCAGCUAUAUUUAGCAUGGCAGCUGCACCAGCAGGUUCUCUUUCCAGCCUCUUGGAGGUGAAAAUAAGUUAAUGAUGCGAAUUGGUAGCUAUGUUUAAGACGGCUGUGCGUUUUUGUGUCGGAGUGAAUUCCAACGACCUAAUCUCGGACUUGUAAUCUGGACUAAGAUCCGGUUAGAAAGCAGCUCUGUUUGUCGUGCAGCUCGCAGCUUUUAAGCAGCAGGCCUGUUGAGCAGCAGGAGUCAGCUUUCAGCCUCUGCAAACAUUGAAGGCAUGUGGUGAACAAGCCAGAAGGCCCAGUGUGCAAGUGAGUGAUAAAGUCUAAAAAUAAGGUUUGGAUUAUUGGCUCUUUUGUGCGGUGUCUUUUUCUUAAAUUUCCGUUUCUGAUUUAGUUGCUCUGUUUGUAUUAAAUAAAUGUGUCUAUCUACUGAAAGUGUCCAAAAAGAGGUGCGCUCAGGUCUCACUUGAAGGAACAGUAGCGGCGCUCCGGUUUUAUUUCGGACUUACUGGAUUAUGUGUGUUGACAACAAUGUGACACAGCUGGGGAGGGUAAAAAGAGCAGAAGAGACUGUCAUGGGGUCUGAUCUUCACCAUGACGUGACGCUUCCCUCCGUUGACCCUUUAACACCUGUCUGCGAGCCGCUCAGUCUGAGAGCAGAGGUGGCCGUGGCCUCUGAGACACGAGGGCAGCAGCUGCUGUCAUCCGGUUCACGAGGCACGGCUGAGAAAUCUGACAGAUAAGAUUGGGGUGAAAACUCAUCUGCACGGUCCGGGGUGAAGUUUUGCUCAAAGUGAUCACUGUGUCAGUCAGAUAAGUAGAUUAUGGUUUUAUAAAUCCUUCUUAGCUGAGGUACAUGACAGUUUACACGCUGGUGAGCUGUUACCUGUGUCCACGUACCAAGAUGAGAUGCAAAGGGACUUUUACUUAUGUACAAAUCCUGAUGUGCAUAUCCUAUAAACAAAAUAACUGUAAAAUCGAUCAGUCGGGCAGCAUUGUAGAUCUUUCACUCACAACAUUUCGAGUGUUGCUGCCCCCCCGUCCUCUGCCUACACUGAUUAAGCGCCUGUACAAUCACUGUGACAUGGCGUAGCCUGAACCUGGAACUUAUUAUUAUGAUUGAUGACUAAUGUAUUUUGGGACUCUCUCCGCCAACACAGCUGUAAAGUUUUGCCAAGUUAGUCAGUCAGUCAGUCAGGCAGGCUGCAGGCUUGAAUGUCUCGUGGAUAUUAACAGUAAAAGUUCAGCACGACAUAAUCCAACACUGCAGAGGCCAAACUGUUCCACUGAUGGGCUAAAUUAGGUGGAUUUGGAUGCAGAUGUGUGAAGAGCAGGACUAAGAGAUUGAUUGAUCAGAUAUCAGCUAAAAGACAUCUGAUCAAACCUCAGCCUCUGUUUACGGUUUCCCAAAUCGAAGUCUUGGAAAACGUGUCAGCUUUUAAAGUGUUUUAGUUUGAGCCUGAAAUCGUAGAGAAAUCUGUAGUUCUUUAUAACAUGAAUAAAUAAAAGCUUCAUGAAGUUCUGUGUUCAAAAAUACUGUCUCCACUUUUUUUAUGUUCUUUCAGUCAUUCUCAAGUUAAAAAAAGGAGCAACAAGAGCAGGAAAAAGACAAAGUAUUCCUUUAUUUAUUUGUUUUCAUGUUUCUGACAGUCAAACCGUUCUUGUUAAGCCACGCUCCCGGCUCUUGAACACACAGUCUCUUCAUUUUACACUUGUUAUUUGCCGUUUUUGAUACUUUUAAAAGUUAGUCUCCUUUGUUUUAUUUCGGAUCCUGUUGUUUCAACUCCAACCAAAGUGAUAUCAGCACAGAGCUUCAGGGCGCUGCCUGCCUGUCUCCACCUGACUGCUAACCAGGGCCGCAGGGAGAGCUUGUUGCCAGGCAAUGGCACACACCACCAUCGCCUGCAGCAGCAUCGGCAUGGCAUGGGAACAGACUGAUGGUUUAUGUUCAGUUAAACAUCUGAGAUUCAAGAAACUUCAUACCAAUUUUUGUUUCUUUCUGUAAGGCCGUUUCCUCUUCCUUGAAUCUUUGCUUGAGCUUUUGUGUUUUUGUUUUCCUACAUGGAGGAUUGGGUUGGAUAAAGAGUAACUCAUAACAUGAAACAAUGGGGCAUUGUGAGGCUGUUUGGAACUACUUUGUGUGUCUGUUGUGAUCAGUUCUCUCUGGACUUGUUAGAGAAGCUGUAGGCAAACUGUGAACAGGAUUAGAGACUUUGUCAAGGUACAUAAAGUUGUGUACGGCCCACAAUGCAGUCUUGACUGUUGUAUGUGGUCUCACAGCCAAUCAGUGGUGUCAGAGUCCAUUUCCUUUGGCUUGGUGUGUAAACUAAAGAGCAGCAGACUCGUCUCAUUGGCCCUCACCAGUAAGACCUCCCUAAUAGUUUCCAGAGUCGACCCCAAAGACUACCAAAACAUCCCACUCUGUAAUGUCGUGCUGCUAAACAAACCCACAGUCUUCAAACACUACCACACUUGUGAUUUGUGUCACUUCAGCCGUGAAUGACAACAGUGACGUCACCUCAGACAGCGGGAAUGGAGCGUACAGCUCGAUACAUGAAAAUAAUCGACUUAUUUUAACACGCUCAGUGGUCUACCUUUCUCCUUAUGGCAGUCUGUCUCUUUUGUCUGUGUCCCCUUUCGUAUCCCAGCUGUGAGAAGGAGCAAAAAACACGAGAAGAGAACCAUUUGAUGGAAGAUAAGAAAAAGAAAAAGCAAGACGACAAGAAAAAGAAAGAAGCUGCUCAGAAAAAGGUGAACACACAGACACACACGUACAUUUAUUUCAGCUUAAAGUCACCCUAAUUUCAAUAAAAUCUGGGGCUGUCAGAAUCACUGCUUUAAUUACGACCUGAUUAAGGUCUGAAAUCAAUGUUUUAAGUUUUUCAAUUGUGCUGUUUGCACACUGUAGUCAAACCGCUGGAUUGUCUUCCUGCCACUGUACUUUUACACGUCUCAAAGCUCCCCAGCAGCUCAGUCGUCACGUCCAAAGAAGUGUGAACUUUAUCACUGACAGAAAUAAAACAUCACUAAAGUACUUUAAGUUUGAGCUUAGCAUACAGGGGCAUCUAAACAGACAGAUGUUAGCAAGCAGAAGCUAACAGAGAGCUAAUUUAGAGUGUAAAGAAACAGAGCAGGUGGCCAAACUGAAACUCCUGAAAAAUACAAAUACUGUCGCACUAACUAGGAAUUAUUAUUGUCAGUGGGUAAACAGAAUUACCUGAGAAUAAAUGCAUAUCAUAUUGACACUCAUUCACACAUUCCUACAUAUUUCUGAAUGUGCAACAAUAUUAUCCUUACUGGAACUCCAAAAAAAUAUAAAAAGCUGUUGCAUUAACUUGGAUUAUUUGAUGAUACUUUGCAAUCAUAGUUAUCUGAGAAUAUGAAAGAACUACUAUUAUAUUAGUACAUGCAUUCCCCAGAUCCUCAAACAUAAAACAAAGAGCAGUGCAGCUUUCAUCUGAAUAAUAAUCUAAGAAAACCAUGAAGUACAUUUUAUUGCAUUAACUUGAUCCCCGAAUCAAAAGCUUCACAUUGUCAACAUGAACUUUAAACAGUUUGGAAAAUUCUGUUUUGAUAUUUGAAAUUCUGUUAUUAAUCGGAGUUAAGAAAGUGUUAAUCAUCCGACUGUCCUUAUAUGAUUAAACCGACAUGGAGCGGUCCCAAAUCCAGAGUUCAGCGCUGGUUCUUCUGCGGCCGGGCAGCCGUCUCCAGCAGUGAGGUUAUUGGCUUGUUCUUCUAUUUUCCGAAGCCAAUCUAGUGUAACUGAAUCUGUUCCACCACUUUUCCUGUAUGCUCAGGUGUUUUUUCUGCCGUUACAUCACAUCAGUCACAUGCACACGAUGAGCACACGCUUUUUAUCAUGUGCAUCCUCAGGAAGCAUUUUCCAGAACUUCAUGUAGUUGUCAUACUUCUCCUCCUCCUCCUUACUUUUACCUUCAAUGGGUCAUCUGUUUUCAGUGUUAACAGGUUAGCCUGUCUGCUCCUCUCACCGGUACAUGUGUGGAUCCUCGGUCCUAACUUUGCAGUGCUGGUAAAAGUAUUCUUAACGUAUGAGAGGAGCAUUUGUUUUAUCUAUUUUAACCUCCAGCCCAAUGAACCCGUUCACCCUGUGGAGCCAUAGGAAUGAACAUGAACCUCUUAGCAUUUCAAUAGAUGAGCAGAAACAGCCUCUGAACAUUUUGUUCUGACUGCCCCGGCUAGUCGCUCCUGCACUGCUGUGCAGCUGGCGCGUGCGACUCAGAUGUUGAUGGAGCAUUUACAUUGAGACCCACAGCUUACACACACAUAUAAGUGGAAUGUGAUUGUCUCCUCAUAAUAAGUUUUUCUGAUUGUUUUCUCUGUUGUUGAUUUAUGUUUUUCUCUUUAUUUCAGGCCACAGAACAGAUAACCAAAGGUGAGUUAAAUCAACUUUUCUUAAACUUAUUUACUUUGUUCUCUGGUGCAUUAAUUUUCCUGCAAAGCUGAAUUUAUCUUAGCUUUCUAAAACAAAACGCUGCAAAGGGAGAUUUAUGCAAAUGUACCUCUCAUGAACUUUGCCGUAAUUUCACGAUGUUAUGGACACAGUCCCCCUCCAGCAGUAGGGGGACUUAAUGUGUGGGGGUGUAAAGUGUUUAUCUUCAUAAUCAGACGGAUAGCUCAUGAUCAGGUUUGCUGUUUUGCCUCAAAGCCUCAAUUUGCCCUCUCUUCUCUGCGGGGCAGUGUGGAUAAGAAGAAUUAGCUUUCAUUAUUGUAAAACAUCUUGAGCUGAAGCAGCCAGGUGGUCCAAUCUACCUGAGCCAAAAUGGAUGCCAUAUUGCUCAUACAGGACUAAUAAGGAGCACAGGGAUGGCGCAGCUGCUCCUGAGGCCUCCCCACGGGCUCCUCGGGCGUACCUGGGAGGGUAAAGGUGAAGGGGAAAUCUCAGAAGGAGGAAAAAAAUCCCACAAAACAAAAGACAGAAACUUUCCCCACUCCUGUAGGAAAAGUUUGAACUCUUACUCACAGUUUCUACCUCAGCCUGAGUCCGUAAUGGCGAGGGGGACGCGGGUAGGCAGUGUCGGGCCGCCAGUUAGCCCAGGAGCAGAUAACUCCAGGCAAGGCAGAUGGGGGAGGGAGUUAAUGCCUCACAAGGGAUGGGCAGGGGCAAAAUCUGAUUAGAACUUCUGCUAGACUUUGGCGGUGUGGCCUUAACAGCAGCGGGAGAAUACUCACCUCAUUACAGCGCGAUUGUGUUUGUGUUAAAGCGCCCAGAGCUGUGUUCAAACCGAACGUGUUUGUGAAAGUUUGGUGGCUGAAUUUUGUUUGGAUCACCGAAGACGAGGACGUGUGCUCGCCCCUCGUGGUCGCAUAUGAAUGUGAGCGCUCAAAUCAUCAAGGGUCAGCGCCUUGACCUCCCACUCUCCCCCUGAAGGAUGAGUUAAUGAGACUGUAAUGUCACUGAGGUGCCCCCCCUCCCUCCUCCACCCACCCACUCCUUUUUCCCCUGGUCUGACUCACCCUCAGCGCCUCACAGUUUGCAGCUCUAAUGAAUGUGAUCUGGGUUAGCUGUGUUGGUAUUCUCUUUCUGUCUUUCUGCAGCGUUCACAUAUUUAAUGCACUUUUUUCUCGGCUGCUCAGAACAGCAGCACGCCAUGACACACUUUUAUCACUUUUUAUCACCUCCUGUUGUGCACUCGUUCAGUCAGUGUCAAUAUUUUCAAUUCGAUUCAACAAAUGCGACUUUAAUUGUCACAGCAGGGAUUCAUUUAUUCAAUCUCAUUUCAAAUUUAAUAGCGUUUAUAAAUAUUUCUGUCGCCUCAGUUGUUUUCUUUUUCUGGACUUCUCACUCCGAUAAGUCCAAUAAAUCGACAAAAAGAUGCAGAUUGUCUGUGGUACUAAUGCAGGGUACACUGGGAGCUAAUUAGGAGAACAUGGCUUGUGCGGAGGCUGAUAAAACACAGGAGAUCUCCGGUAAGACCCCAAGCACCAUAGUAACACUACACCACCUCCUGUCUGGUCUAGCAGAGAGGCCCACCCAGGGACCAGCAGGAGGGAAAAGCAAGCAGAAGAAGGUUUGCUGUGAGGAAAGAGAGAGAGAGAGAAUGAAUUGUUUUUGUAACAUUUGUGUAAAGUGUAGGGAGGCGUCUGCUGGAACACGGUGCCUUUGGUUGUUUGAGAAGUCUAGAAAAUAAAGCUUGAAAGCCGAGAGCAGAAGAAACAGACGGAGCCAUGUGAAACUGUGAGAAUGCACGGCAGUUUCCUGUUUGCCGGCACAGCUGAGGGGGCCCUUUGCAGGAUAAUUCUACUGGCUCACGUCUCUGACACACACACACACACACACACACACACACACACACACACACACACACACACACACACACACACACACUCACUCACUCACUCUCGCUCUAACAGUCCCCUUAUGUGACACCAGCAGCAUAUGUACAUUGUGUGCUUUGGCAAAUGCACACAUGGUUUUACUCAUAUAGUUCUAUAUUACCACCAGAAAUACUACACAGACCUCUCUGCCUCACAGGGAGUGUUUUGAACCGGCACAUGUCGCACAUUCACAACAAGCUACCAAAGAUAAAACACUUUCACCCCCAAAUUUUUUUCACUCCGAAUAAUCUCUGGUCUGCAGACGAGACGCACAGACUGAGGUUCAAAUCUGGAUCUGGUGCAGCUUGUUGUGGUUUGGAAACAGAUUCAUGAAAGUAGAAAAGUGAUUUAAACACGAAUUUAACAACAAAGGCAAAAUUUCAUUCAUUUGACUCCACGUAAAGAUGGAUGUUUAUUUGUGCAGAUGAUUGGCAGCCGAGGCGACCUGUGCAUGUGUUUGAUAUCCCCCGUUUAAAGGGAUAUUCCGGGGUAAAAUUAAUUUAGGAUCAAACACAUUAUAACACCAACAAUUUAUGAUCAUUUCCUUGAAGUAAUAAUCAUCAUAUUAAUCCUUUUGCUCUGCAGACGCUGUAGUUCUUUGGCCUUAGUGUCUCGGUCUGAUUGCAUUUCCAUAAAGAAAUGUUCUUCCUUGAGCUGCGACUCCCCGCUGCAGUCUGUAAUGGACUGGCCUGAGGUCUCGCUAUAAACAAGCGGCUGCUGGAAGAGAGUAGGUGAGUUGUGUUUAGUCUCUUUGCUGAAGAAAUUAGUCAAAGUUAAAAAGAUGUUUGGUGGCUGGGACCUUAUAUGUCCUGUUGAUGAAGUUAGGUGCUGUUCUGAGCAUUAUUUGUGGCUAUAGAGUGGUGUUUUCGUUGAGCGCAUGGCUCUCUAUAUCGCGAUUGUGCAGUCGUUACUAAAGUUGGUAUAACUAGAGAAGCAAGUGGUCGGCAACAUUCAUCUCUGGAGGGGGUGUCUAACUCUGUGUUACGGUGUGUUUGACCCUAUAUAAUUGUACGCCGGAAUAUCCCUUUAAGACCCCAAGAUACAGAUCCUUAUAUUGCAACAACCACGGCUCAAGCUUUGUGUUUUCUUCUCGACUAUUUAUCUGCUCGUCUAACUUUUCUCAGCAACACUUUCAGGGGCGGUUAAAUUUGGCACAAACACCCCAUCGGGCUCAUGAGAUGAAGUGAUAACAUUUUGGCGGUCAGAGUGCGGAGGUUCUGAAAGUUUUUGGGCCAGAAUCAACGUUUGAAUAAAUAGUCUCCUUGGCAUGAUUUCUGUCUCGUUCCAAAGCACUCCUGGAUGAAAUAUGGUCAUCUUUGAGAGUUGGUGUUCAAAAGUCACCGGGGUACCGGGAUCUCUGCAAAUGCAUGAGGAGAAUUAGCGGAUUUGUCCGACUUUUGUGUGUCCUUGCCCUCUUAAAUGUUAAAUGUAGGCCAGCUUCUGCCCCUGUUUUUUAAUAGGAUAUCAUCCCCAUCCUCUGAGUCUGUACCUGUAAGUUCUUACCUCUCCAUAUUAACCAUCAGAGAAGCAUGUAACUGUCAAACAUGUUUCCUCCUCCUCUUUACUCCGCCGUAUGAUGACAGAGGCCUCCUCCCUGUGCUAUAAUUCAUAUCAAAGGGUUAAUAAGCUUCGAUUCACGCUCUGCAUUUUAAUCCUUAUCAGGGAGCAGAGCACAACAUACGUGCACAUCAGACGCACUUUUACACGGUGCAAUAAAAGAUAACAUUAUUAUACGUUGGUGUCGCGGCGGUAAUUUGGUAACAAAUUAAUUUGCCGUUUCUCGUUCGCUUAAUUACACCCAGCUCUUUGUGCUGGAGUGUCAUAAAUUGUGGUGUGAUCAGGGGGGAAUUUAUACCAGUGUGCCUCUUGUCACCCUCCCCGCCCCUUUGCAUGUCAUCUCUCAAGGAGCGCGAUUUAAUGGACGCCGCGAAAAAGAGGUAGCCCUGGAUUCUGCCGCCGCCGAGUGCGGGAUGAUACAUAAAUUGUGCGUACGUGCUCAUUGUAUUUUCAAUGAGUGUCUUAAGUCGUAUGAAUCACAAUUAGCACGGCGUCUGGAUGGACCCGGUUGAAGCGUGCAGUCUCCUCAGGGUGAGGUUUUAGCCUUGAGAGCAGCACAAGUGUAUGUAAAAUAAUUCAGGUGCAUUUGGAAUAACAGACAUUGUUUAUUCUUUUCAUGGAGGUCAGCAGGUCAGGGAAGUCAGUGUGUUGAUGCUAUUUAAAGUGCUCAGGAUCGAGAUAUUAUUGUUACCAUAUAUCUGCUAUUAUUGUUGCCUAAUUGAAUCUAAUAAUCAUCAUAUCCUAUAGUGUCUCUCAUUGCAUCGUAUCCCAUUGGACUGGAUCGCGUCACAUUGAUCAUAUGGUGUAACUUGUGAGCCAUUAUGCAAUUUUCUUAGUGCAAGAAAAGUUAAUAAUGCAGCCAGACAGCAGGUGCAGCCCGGCCCAGGUCAGGAUAGGAGGAUAGGACGUUCCUCUCUUUCACACAUCACUUCCUCUAAAUCAUAACAGACAGAGGAAUCUGGUCUGUCUGCAGCUGUUGGCACAAUAAGACCAGGGACAGACCAGGGAGACGAGUCCAGGAGUCUCUGCGCUCCACAUGUCUUCUGAGAACAGGAAUAGUUUUUGCACAGGCUGGGUUUUCCUCUCUGUUGUACACUUUACUGCUCAGGUGUGAUGAUUUUAUAUUACACCAUUCAGAAACCUUGUUGCCGUUGAAUAAAUGCUCUGACCUAUAUAGCCUUACGUACUUCACACAGAGCUGUCAGACAUUAAGUGCCCUUAAAGUGCGUUUUUGUCUGUGUUGAAUGUGCCGAGCGAGCGAGGGAGGGUUUUCCCUUCUUAACUACAGUGUCAUAUUUAUUCACUUCUAAUUAAGCCCUUUAAUCUCCUCUCUUGCGAGACUCACGGCUCACAUUUUAAAGCCCACAGGAAGGAAACGACGGAGAACCCUGAAGACGUGCCUCCAAUCCUCGCUCACGAUUCUCUGAUACUUUCCGCUGCUGCUGCCUCUUCAUUAGACAUUUGAUAAGAUUUUAGAAAUGUGUAUUUAUACUUUUCCAGGUGUUGUUCAACCAUGUACUACUUUCACACAGAGAGACAUCAUGGAGAAGUUAAAAAUACACAUAUGGAUUUAACAAUAUGGAUGUUUAGGGUCAGGAUCAGCUGAUAAACACCUGACAUACACAAAGGUGUCGGUAUACGAUAAUUCAAGCCAUGAAUUUCAGCUGCUUGCAAAUAAUGGCAGCUUAUAUUCCAUAAAUGGUCGGUCUGUCUUCAUGACUGUUUAGUUUAGAAGAAUUCAAGGCAGGUUUAUUUGUAUAGCACCAUUCAUACACGAGGCAAUUCAAAGUGGGAUAAACAGACUGUUAACAGCUUUCUAGACAGAAAUUGCAAUUAAAACAAGAAUAAAUCACUUCAUUAUACGGCAGUAUUGUCAAAUGUUGCUCUCUGCAGCUGUAAAAUCAGGAAUAUGAGUGGCAGAGGAAUAUAAAGUACAGUCCUUUCUUUCGUUUUUCUCUAUCUCAAACUCUAAGAACAACAAAAUACAACUAAAACAAAAACACAGAGCAAAAUAAUACAUAUGUACACCAAACAACUGUGCAUGACAAAGAUAAAUUUACGCUAACAUGUUUGUCAAAAACAGUCUGAGGAGGAACAGAAUGAAGGAAAGAGCUUCUCUAGUCCUGCCCCUUCUUUCACUUCACUUCACUUCAACUGUAUUAUGUCCCAAAAAUGAGCAAAUGGGUUGCAGCAGGCACAGGCAUUUUAAACACUGCCGUACAUCAUUAAAAAAUAAUAAUAAAAUAAAAUACAAUGACAUAAAAAAACAGUUCAGGAGGUAAAAAGCAUUAAAGAUGAAGGUAAAAAGAAAGUACCAGUAUUUUUGCAUGAACAGAGUGCAUGAAAUGCAGAAACAAAGUGCAAUGUGCAGUUUGCGUACCAAUAAAAGACACCUAGAUGAAGCUUGAUCUAUACAAUAACAAUAAUACACACCAUCUAAUAUCAGAAACAGUUAUCUCCUCCUGCAGGAAUCAUUCAGGGCUCUGAUAGAGCCUGGGAUGAAGAAUUUUUAUGCCUGUUUUUUGUGGCUGUAGGAACUCGCAGCCGAUGGCCAGAAGGUAACAGAUUGUAUUCUGAGAUGAGAGGAAGGUCACUAUGAGACCGAAUUCUUUGCAAAUCAGAGCCAAUAAUGAAUGGAAAAGAGAAAAUCUAAUUGUAAAAAAAAAAAAAAUCUAAUUCUGUUUUAAGAGAAAAAUGAGCUGAAAGGUAAAAAGAUGUCCGUUGUAUUCAACAAUGUGCACUUUCUCUGCAGAUGUGUAGCUCGCUCAGUACCACCUGUUAACUCUGCCCACCAACCAAACACAGAUGAUGAGCUUCGGCUCGUGCCAUCUCCCUCUGCUGGUCACUUGUUGUCUCUGAGCCUGUAACACUGUUCUCUAUUAAUGCUUGAUUAUGGUCCUAAACAUUCAAAGUGAUGCUGCCGGUCUGGUUUGUCCUGCCGUUUAUCCGGCUUUAUUGCUCAGCAAAGUGUCUGUAUCCUUUGGGUAAAAGACCAUCCUCUCAAAUCUCUCUCUGCAUUUUAAUAUAUCACUCUUUGAGCUUUUUGCAUGACAAAAAAUAUUUAAAAAGUGUGUUGUAUUCACCAAAUUUUAAGUUCAAAUAGUAAUCUUUUGUUUUAACUAAUGUAAUUUCCAUCUUCUUGUUUAUUCUUGACUGUGCUGCCUUUCUUUGAAACCAACCGCAUGUCUGUAAUGUUAUUUGAAAGAUAAGAGGCAGCUGAGCGGCCUGCGAGAGUAAAGGCAUGCAUCCUGCUGUACAUUGAGCAACAGAAACAUUGUUUAUAGGAACAAGAAGUUCUUGAGGUGGUUUAUACAACCUCCGUGUAGGCCUUAACUCGGCCGAUUAAAGGCUCAGCUAUGGAAAGCUUAUAAUCGCUAACAAACAGAACUUUUGCAUGCAAAACCAUGAGCACGCCGAUCCUCUCAGAUGAGCGGCAGGCAGAGUCAGCAGGUCGUUUUUUUUACCAGACAGGCAGGAAGAAUUGAACCGAUACCAACAGAGUUUAAACCUGCAGCCGCUGUAAACCUCCCAACAGAUUAAAGCUGUGACUUAGAUGUUAAAAUGCUCAAUGAAUUCAUUAUGAGACACUUACUGCUGCAGAAAUUCAAAGAACGAGGGAGAAUCAGGAGUUUGCAAAUCAAAACUUUUGCAAUGCAUUUACUGCAGGUGCCUGAAAUAUGUCAAUAAAUGAGUGAUUUAUCGUGCAGCCCUCCUUCUAUUGUAAAUACAAGCUUCUCGGUGAAGUCCUGUGCAGUUUUAAUCUGAAGGCCUCUCCUCGUAAAACUCUCCCACAGAGGAAUCCUUUAUCUUCAAGGUCAUGUGGCCUCCGAGGGAGUAUCAGUCCCUCCACCCCCAUCUUCAACACCACCUACCUUCAACUCUCUGAUAUCUUUCCGCACACCCCCUCAACCUCGGGGUCUUAAACAGUUAGGUGAGCACGCUAUCAUUACUUCUCUCAGAAAAUUAGGACCCCUUUAAAGUGUAAAAGGGAUGUCUUCCUCUCCACCAAGAGCACACAUCCCCCAGGCCACAUUUUGAUGUGCAUCUUUGAUGAACUGGGAAUUCUUCUUCGCUCCCACACAGCUGAGGACUGUGUUUUUGCAAAUAGGCUGUCAGAGCCAGUGGCUGUGAACUCGUUUUUACUGCAUUUCACUUUUUCUCUGUAAAGCAUAUCCUUGUGAGACUUACACUAAACGAACCACACCUUGUUGAUGCCAGAGGUUUGUUUGUUUUUGUCUCCUGAUCCCCUUCCAGAGCCAGAUUCAGUCUCUGAUUUUCAACACAAACAUAAUCAGGAAUGACAGAACCUUUGGCUCUGAUGCCUCCGUCUUUUCGGCGUUACUAAACAUGCAGGACGUGUGUCACUCCUUUGGCGAACUAUAGCCAAAUGGGGCUCUAAUUGUAAGUGGAUUUAGAUCUGAGCUGGUUUCAGGCAGCGAGACUCGGGCUCACAGUAGCGCGCGAGGGGGAGGAGACUGUCUUACACACACACACUAUUCUCUUUAUCACUUACCCUCUCUGCUCUGCUUCCCUCUCCCUCCUUCUCUCUCUCCUCUGAUUGGCCGACAAAGCAGCGAGCCAGCGCUCCCCUUCCCCCAUCCUUCAUGAGAAUCUACGUCACACAUCAGAGAGUCCCAACUGUAUAACGAUCGCCUCCAUAACUCCCCUCAUAACGCCGUAUCACAACCACAAAGUCUGCUGUUUUGGGCGGAAAUCACUCCUCAAAAUCGGUGCGAAGGUUGACCGUGUCACUGUGACGCCCCUAAUGCAGGAAUAUUGACAAAAGGAUCAGAGUAGAUCACCGCAAAUGAAGGGGAAAGAGAGGGGAGAUCACAGGAAGGUGGGGAGGAAUGAAGCACGGGGAUGGAGAGGAAAUGGAGCAGAUGUAGAGAAAUCCGAUGAGAGGCGAAGUCAAGCUCUCCAGCUUCCUCCCUGAGCUCCGAGGCUGCAGGGAGAGGGAGACACACAGGCAGAAACGGGUGAAACUGGAUCCAAAUGUGCACUCGGUGGCCGAAGGGGUACUUGGGGCAAAAAUAACAGAGGAAUCCCAACACACACACACGCACACACACACACACACACACACACAUAUGCAGGACAGACAUAAACAUACACAGGAAGACGAGGAUGAGGAGAAGGUGGUUGUUGUAUGUGAGUGAACAUGUCUGUCAGCGGGCUGAGUGGAUGUAUAUUCCCUGACACAUCCCGUCCUCUCCCCUCCGUGUGGGCCUCAGCAUUACAUAACUCUUUGUUUUUGUGUGUGUCGGGCUGGCCGCAUGUGUGCGAGUUAUUCAUUGCUUCACUGCACACACUGGGGAUGGCAGCCAGUGGUGAAGCGUGGCUCUUUAUAACUCAUUUAGGUUUUCUUUUUGGUUUAGGCUUUCUUUCCUCCUCUCGUAUUUUAUUAUGAGCAGAAGCUGAAAUUCACUGUUGGCCGAGCAUGUGCACGUUCCCUCUGAUCAGCUGAUGCUUGUAUUUGUGCUUGUAGAGCGUGCGCGUGAGGCUUUAAACACAUUUUUUGCAUCCUGUUUACAUUCUAGUUUACCAGCUUAUUGUAUUAUGUAAUGAAAUGUACUGAGGCGAUUAUCCCGCGUGCUUUGUGUCCUAUAAUGCAUCUCAGCCAGCAGCCGCUCGCUGACCUCGCGCUGAUCAUCCUGUUUGACUUAGCGGAGACCCUUAACCUUGCAUUUCCACGUUCAGCUGCAGCAUAUUAGCCCGCUCAACAUUUAACACAUCAUCGCAGAGAGAAGCAAAGACAGGCAGUGAGAUUUCUCGUUCACCUGCAGCGUCCCUUUUAGCUGAUUGUUUCUUAUUGUUCAGCUGCAUGACCUCCAAACUUAACCGCCCUUUUGUGCUGGAAUUCUCUGAAUGUUUAAAGAUUUUAUGGGCUGUAGACGAUGAAAUCCACUCAUUUUUGGAGAUUGAGUGCUGAGCAACUUUAUCCUGAAAUUAGGGCUGCACGAUUAAUUGAUUUUAAAUCGUAAUCAGAUUGAUUGUGACGAUGUUAAAAAAAUUAAAAUCCUCAAAUUGAUUUUCCUCCCUAUCAUGUCUCGUGCCUCCAGGCCACCGUAGGCUCCCCAGUUCCCACACACACCAGUGUAAACAAACAUGGCGUUUGCAGAAGAAGGCGAUAAUUUCAUAGCUAAAUAAAACAAGAGCAAGUCAGUCUGGGAUUGGUACAGCUUCACAGUUUCGGAUGAAGAGCAAACCACUCCCCGCUGCAAAGUCUGUCUGAAGGCGGUAUCAACCCGUUCAUACAGAUACAAAUUCAGAAGUAAACUUUUUGUCAUAUCGGCGUUUCAUCCACACGGAAACGGCGUUUUAGGUGACUGUAAACAGUACUUCUUCAAAAUGGGUCAGAGAGUGUAUAAAUCCGUAAACAACAAUCUCUAUACACACGCUCUGUACUCUUCUUCUGUCUUUUGUGCAUUUCCUGUGCUGCGUUACAGCGCCACUCACUGGCUCGGCAUAUGCACUACAUCGUUUUUAGAGAUGAUAGAAAAACUUUUUAUUAUUAAAGUGAAGUUAAGUUUGUUUUUAAAAAAAAGUUAUUUAAAAAAUCAAAAUUGAAACUUAAGUUUUAAGAGAAAAAAAUUGGGGUUUUAUUUUUGGCCAAAAAAUACCCGACCUGAAACCGUUGAACUGUUUGCCUCUCUUAUGAUGGACUCAGCCUCUCUGCACUUUGCACGCUCAGUUAUGUCAGUGGACUGUUGUAAAUAUGAUUACUUGUUUUUUUAAGUAUCACACAGUUUUUCUGGGGUUUGUUGUCUCUGUCUGAGCGCAUAUUGUUGGCCCCAACCAAAUCUAGAGUUCAUAUUGUUGUAACUCAUCCAAAUCUGUUUUUAUCAACUUGUACAGCUGUGUUUAAAAGUUAAAGAUAAGUGUGAGGACUCUCAGGUUUUUCUAGCAGAGAGACGAUAAAGGUCAAGGUUUAACUGUAGUAUUAUGCCUUAAGUGGUGAGAAACAGAGUUAAAACUAGAGUGAAACAGAGUUGGUGUGGAAUAAAAAGUUUCCUUGUGGGCAGAAAUAUUGUCACCCAGAAAACAAUAACAUGCCAGAGUUAUAUUUACACCACCUUCUUUCUGCUGCCCCUUAGUGGCCAGAAAAAGCUGUCAGUGCAGGUUAAAGAAAGUCGAGCACAAACCAGUUAAAUGGCUAAUUGGCUGAAAGGUUGCACAACACAACUCUAGCUGGUCACAAACAACAGGAGACAGCAUGCCAGGGCAAAGGUGUGCAUCUGUGUAAGUGUGUGUGUGUGUGAGAGUGAAUGCUAGAGAAUCUCACUCUGUUGCUACGGUUACUAAAGCUAGCAGGACACGAGCACUUUGCUUCAGCAGCUGCACAAGCAGUUAAUAACUAACGGCACUUAGAGGUGAUCAUUUCAGGGGACACAAGCUGCCACAGACCAUGAGCAGGGUCCGCUGACAGGACCGAGCGCUCUUUACUCUGCUGUCCUGCAGGAGACCACAAUAAUGCAGCAGGCACAUCUAAGUCCAUUAUCUGCUACUUGACCUCCUCAUCACUUCUAAUCUGUGUCUUGGCCAUCCCUGGAGGCUGAGGGUUUAUAUCAGUACCACCCUGAGAUUACUACAGCUCUCCAGUUCUCUAAAGUGCAGCCAUGUGUUCAGACCGACCGCUGCCGACAGCGGAGCUCCGGGCGGCCGCGCACAUUUAUAGACAUCUCCUCAUUUGCCUUUCUGAAUUUAACGUUCAAGUUCUCAUCCAGAAGUGACCGUGGAUUUAAAAAGAUGCAGCGCAGGAAAUGCUCGGCCACAGCAAAACCUCCAGAAAUGACUCCUGCUUGUUUUGUGUGUACGCAGCGUUUCCCACAGAAUGACAGAUUUUAGUCCGCUGGAAAUACUGGAAAGGAUUGCCCUCAUUACACAACUUUAGCUCUGGUCUUUUACUGCACACGGAGGCUCCCACAGAUGCUCUGUUUGUGUCGAAAAAAACACAGCUGGACUGGUAUUUUGGAUUUUUAUACCAGAGAAGGUCCAUCUGUUACUUUAGGGAGGAUAAAGCGAAAAAGUGAGGGGCUUAAAACCUAAUAUACCUCAGGAGUAUGUUACCUGUGUAUGAGAAGCAUCACUUUUUGUCAGGACAGGAAGGACAAGUAGUAAAUGUGCUCCUAAAAAUGCCGUUUAAUCAUCAACUUAUCACACAGUUUGCACCAAAAUCUCUUCUUUGCUCACGCUCUUUUUCCCUCCUUCCUCCCUGCAUCUGUCUCAUGACCUGUCCGCAGUGCCAGACUCUGCCAAGCCGGACCCCACCCCUCCUCUUUCCCCCGUCAACCCCAGUGCCGCCCCGUCUGUACCCCCAAGCAGUGGCAAUGGCAAGCGCGCCCCCUCCGGAGGUCAACCGCAGACAGCACAGCAGCCCCAGACUCCGCUCCAGCAGCGCUACCCGCCCAGAGAGGUUCCCCCGCGCUUCCGCCAGCAGGAGCACAAGCAGCUGUUGAAGAGGGGCCAGCCUCUUCCCCCGGGGACCCUGCCUCUCACCAACACGGGACGUCCCAACACUACUGAACCUGCAGCGGGAGUAGCCAUACACUCCUCUCCCUCCUGCUCUUCUUCCUCAACAGCCAGCCUGCCUACAGGUCAGCACAGACGCUCUUUUUAGCAGAGGGAGAAAUUUAUGUGCAUUAAACUUUCUGUGUAUUUCACCUGCUGCGUUCUGUAGGAUCUCUUUAAAAGGUCCACGAUUGUGACUUUUUAUCUUUACCUGGAGCGCUGACUGAAAUCCACCCGUAAAUAAAGUAGUUUGUUUUCUCUGGUGGAGUGUAUAGAGUCACUCUGCACAGCAAUGGUUCAGUGAAAGUUCAUUUAAACACAAAGAUGAGAAAGGCACUGAGCAAAUUUAAACUAUCGCUCCAGUAAUAUAAACCAGUUUGUUAGUGUUUUAAUAAAUAUAAAGAGAUAGAUAUCAUUUCUGUCAUGGCAGAAAUCCAACAGAUCGUCCCCGACUUAAAUUUCCCCUCCCCUCAAACUGCACGUCAAACAACAACAACAAACCAUCUGGCGGGAACUCAGCUGAUUCUAAAAUUAGUUAGGAGCCAAAAUCGGACUUAAUCCGUACAGUGUCUGCCCAGCUUUAGACAGCAAUACUAAAACAUGAUGUCAAAAUAACAGUGUCUUUAAUACGGGGUAGACUCCGUUAUGUUUACACGCCAUGUUUGGGUUUUAAUUCACAGCUCCUCCUGAAAGCUGUUUGUCGUAGACGUUGUUGGUUUUGUUUUGCAUAAACUUGCAUUUGCAUCCUUAAAUGACACGGGCUGCGCGUGCUUUGUGUUUUUCAUGUAUUGCGCUGUGAUUUCAGCAGCGUGGUGUACCUGUAGAGCGGUGUGAAGGUGUCACAGGUGUUGCUGAGUGUUGUUUAUUUUCCCUCUGCCUCUGCCUGGCUGGGGAUUAGGAGCGGGGAUAGAGGAAUACAGAGGGAGAGGAUGGAGAGUAAACACAGCUGGCUAUCUCUCCGUGUUUGUGUAUUUCCUUCCUGGGGCUCUGCACGUCGCACUAAAUCGGAUUCUUGUGUUCCUCUCAAGUGGUAAAGGUUUAUUCUCUCCUAAUGAAAUAUCAUCAACUCUUUGGAGACGGUGUUGAGACUUUUUUUUCUUCGCUAAUGAAAACAAACUUCACUAUAAAUGAACGUCUGAGCAUCGUCCAACUCCUUUGAUGCUGUUUGAAUGCAGCUUUGUCUCCAUGGUGAUUAGAUGUUUAUCCAAUCCUCUUCACUUUCUCCUCCUCCUCCUCCUCCCUCUCAUCAUCUUCCUCCUCCUCCUCCUCCUCUUCAUUGAGCCUUUCUGAUCAGCUCAACAGUAUUUCCUGUUUUAUCGGAGGAGGAGCCACGCAGAGCGAGCUAGUUGGCCGCGCUCCUCAGUGGGCCUGACCUGGCGCUGAUAGAGAGACUGAGAGGGAGGGAAAGAAAGAAAGAAAGAGAGAGAAAGAAAGAAGGAAGGAAGGAGAGAGCGAGCAUGGCAGAGGUCCAGUACUGUGGGCUGAAGUGACUCAUGGCUUACGGUAAAAGCUGCUACUUCUCUCCACCCCUCUCUGGCAGGCCUGCUCCGCUCCGCUCUGCUUUUGCUCUCUGCGAGUCUUUGAACCGACUGAUUACAUUAAAACGGACAAACAGGAGGACCUUCCAGAGUGAGAGACACACACACAAGUCCGCUCUGAGGUUUUUCAAUGAUAAUAAAAAUAACAUUCAAAUGCUCAAACGUCGGAGAGUCUUUUUCGUUGAAAACACCCACAGAGCUCCGCAGGUAAACCCACCUUCACCUCCAUCCCUCCGUCCUCACAGCCCCGUCUGCUGAUUGUCUCUCUCCCAGCUUUCAUUUCUCACCGAAAGCUAACAGUAGAGGCACACUGGCUGCAUUCAUUCCCUCCUCUUCUCUCCCUUCCUCUCCAUCCGCUGACUCCCCCUCGCCUCACCCCGUCUUUCAUUACCCGGUCACAUGUCCGCUCUGUAGAGAAGUAGUGCCGAUAAACGUGGCCUGUACGUAUUUGUACUUCUGUGAGUAAACACAAACUUUCUCUUUCUCUGCCUGCUGAGCCGUUUGUGCCCCUGCUCAACUUUAUACUAACUUUUACUCUCCUGUAAAGCAAGCAGUCGCAGCUUUUGGCGUGUUUAAACGGUCAGGGUUCACAACAAGAGUUCAGAUUUUAUUGAGCAUACGGAGUUAAACGACGUCGAGAAAUCCAAAUGUGGCUCUUUACUCCAAUUAAGCACAUUUAUUAGUCUUUCAGUGGCAAUAAUGCGCUCAGCAGCCCUGGGCUUGUUAAGUUGACCUUCAGCUAAUCAAGGAAUAAGCUCGCCGUCCCGUAUUUAUUCACUGUUACUCCGCUUUUAUUUGUCUAACACUCCUUUGUGAAAUCUAAUAAAGUUGCGACAAAGAUUUUAUCACCUGGAGGCAUUGUACUUCCUCUCACAACAAACCGUUUCAGUGUAAACAGGCCCUGUCGGGUGCAGAAACAGUGCAGCUAAUGUGCUAAUAGCUUGUCUGGUGGAGAACAGAGGGAGUGUAUGCAUGCUCGACUUGAUGCGCUCUUUAAGUCUGCUGAUGAUGCUGUAAAAGAGCCCUGGGAAUCCCCUCAAAGAGGGCUGGGACGUCUUGUGAUGUGAUUAAACAUCAGCUCGCUGUUAACCACAAAUGUUCAGCACUCUCUCGCUUUUUUUCUUUUUUCUAUCUCGCCUCGCUCCCUCGCUCUGUGCUCCUGUUCCUCUCUCGCUCUCUUUGCAUCUUAUUGUUUCCUGAUGCACAUGUGCUCAACUGGUUCACCUUUGCAGCACCAACCCUGCAUCGCCGUCGGCCUCGGGGCAGCCCGGAUAAGUCGGGCACACAUACUAAACACACGUCUGUCAAUCUCCUCCCGUUUUAACAGCCUUCUCCCCCGUGUUGCCUCUUGCUUGGCUAACAAUCCGUAUCCCAGGGCCCUUUCAUGUAGAGCAGGCGUGAGGGAGCGGGCUAUUUUAAGACUGGCAUGCUGGAGAAAGCCCUUGACCUGGUUUAUCCUUUGGAGAGGGGGAGGAGAAAGAGGAUACUCAAAGGCAAACAUGACGUCCAGAUGUCUUAGUUGUGUACUUUUGAAGACUUGAUUGUCUUGUUAGUUUUUUCCUUUCAAAUACUGAUGAGAUAAUAAAGCAGCUGCAGCCGAAGCUUCCUACAGACUCUUACUUACGCUCCAGAUUGGAAGAGUUCACACAUUAACCCCGGCAAGCAGUUUAAUCCUAACAAUAAACUUAUUUACAACUAUUACAACGAUUAAUAAAAAGGAAUUUAAAACGUGGGAAUGAAAACUGAAGACCUGCCUGCUCCUUCAAAAUAAAAGUCUGUCUUGAUCUAUAUUUAGAUCCUUUUAAAUAAAUGCACGCCUCUCAUCUAAUAGUAUGAAGUAACACUGCCACACUAACCCCCGAUUUCCAUCACAUCCUAAACGGCUACAAAAAGGCUGUAUCCACCGAUCGUAGCUGAUUGUUACCAUUCAAGUUAACGUGUCAAUUUCCACUGGCUUCUUUCUGUUCCGCUGCGGGUCGCCAAACAGCUGAUCGCAAGAGUUCUAUUUUUUCCGGACGCCAGAGCAUGCCGGAUAAAUUCAGCACAGAUUAACCUGGAAAGCUGGAAAGGAAGUCGAGCACAGACACAAUAUAAAACAUCCGGCUUCUUUUCAAAAUAAAAUACUCAGUGUUUCAGGCAGAUCGUACUUCACACCAUGCAAACGGGCGGAGUAGAACAAGUGAAAGGUUUUUAGACGUCAUUUCACCUCAAUGACACCAUGGAUGAGGAGAUGCUGAUUCUAGAAGUCUAGAAGUAGAUUUCCUCCUCUGGAAGGACACAAUCUACUGCUUAUAUGUCUAUGUGGCUGUCUUUAUAGAGACAACUCGUUGUUGCGUGAUUGAACGUGAAUCCACAGGUUCUUGUGAGUUCUCACCGUUCCGGAUUGUAGCGGAAAUUCGGGGUAAAGGUUUGAGCUUGUGGUGGAUGAAAGUCCAUGACCUUAAAGCUCGUUUCUCACUCUGUCUAAUCGAGCUCUUCAUUGUAAAGAGUUAAUAAAAAAUCAUACUACAUGCCUCCUAUUUUGCAUUUUUGCUGCAUUCAAGGUUCCAUCAGAAGAGUUUGACUUCCAGCCAAGACUCCCAAAUACCGCCAGGUUUUUCUGUCUGUGCAGGAAUAAAAAAAGUGCCUCAUUCUGUCAUGAAUUUUUCUGCUCCUAGAAAUCAAAUAGUGCGUGUCUAUUGUUCGUAAUUGUUAAACACAGAUGAAGCACAUUCCUGAAGAGUGUGUGUUCAUGUGUUGGAGAGGUCGUUCAUCUGACUGGCAGCUAGCAUAGUCAGCUCUGUACCAUCCAGUCGCUCUGCCCCUCUGGGACUUCAUUAAGCCAGGAUCAGUCCAGCUGAGGCCCCGUACAGUCCUCCUAGAUUACUUCCUCCAUCCAUCUCUCCAAAUCCAUCUCUGUCCUUCAUUUUCUGUCCUCGCUGCCAUUGUGUUUUCAUUCCUCGUGAUCCAUCUUUACAUGAUCCUCGUUUCCCCCGCCCCCUCUGUUAGUGAGGCAUCAAAAGGCUUGAGCGAUCAGGAAGUAGUGUGUGUGUUGUUUCUGCUCGCCCCUGUGUGUGCGUUCACACAGUCGAUGCGGUGUGUGUUUACAGUGUUCAUGUUAACACACAAAAGGAGCGAAUGGCCAUCCAGAAGCACGCCAUGACCUCACAGCGCGUUAGGUCCCCUCAGAGGAGAGGCACAGCGGACUGAGCCCGCACCAUAAAGGGACUCUGUUCUCCACCAAACAUUGACUUAUUGUGUUGUUGCGUGGGCGCCGGGAUCAUUUGUAAACAAUACCAGCCUUGAUCCAGGGGCUGCCGUCCCUCUUCUUUUCUUUCGCCCAGCUCCCGGCCUGUCUGCUGUAACUCCUCUGCAAUGUUUGGGAUCGGAUCUCCAGACCCUAAUCUCGCACUACGAUCUGUAAGAGCAGGGUCACGUCACGGACUUACUGCCCUGAAAGCACCUCAAAGGGCGGCGGUUUGAAGGCUCGGCUCUGCUGCUAACUGUAUAAUUAAGACAUUCACAGCCAGCAGGCACAGAUUUAGACCAAAACAAACGUGUCAUCAUGUGUGGUCUGAUGACGUGACUGUGCAUACAUAAACGUGUGUGCAUGUGUGAAAAAAUUGUCAUUCCAGCACUGUGCGCUGUGGGUGCAGCGUGCUUUUGUGGGGUUUUUUUCUUUCGCUCUCUCUGCUAUUCAAAAAGCUUUCCAUUGUGGGCCGGCUGUGCUAAUUGCAGAUGGAGUGGUCUUGGCUAAAUAUUUAGUGACAGUUUUGAAAGGUUGAAAGAUGUGAGGAAGAGAGAGAGAGGGGGGGGAGGUUUUGUUUUGUUUUUCCUCAUGCUUCAUGAGUGCAUAAUGAAAGUCUCCGGGCUUUAUCAUUCAGCUGUUAACGGAGCCCCCCCCUCUCACUUCCAUCCAGGCCACCAUCAUCAAUACACCCCCCCACAUCUCUCCAUUGCUCCCAUCCCCUCCCCCAACCCGCCUCCUUUCAGUGCUUUUCCAGAGAGGGAGAAUAUCCUCCAUCAGGAUAGGAAUAGAGCACGAUAUAAAUAAAGCCAGAGGGAGGUAAUAGAUAGAAGAGGAGAGACCCAGCCAGAGCAGUGUUGGUGGGAGGGACUGUGCAUGAGGGGUGAGGAAGGAAGGGAGGGAGGGAGAGAGGGAGGGGGGGUGUCUUAUGCCGCGCAAGAGCUGUGCAACUUCUUGGCAGCAUUUCAGAAACGAGCCUCAGAAGCUUGGCGAGCCGAGCAGACAUAUUGAGACAAGGAUGGUUGCUGCGUCGCACAAAACCUAGCUCUUUACAGGAUGGUCGGGAGGCACCUCUCCACAGGUAUUUCACUACUCUGUUUCACCUCUCCACUUCUCUGCUGCUCCGGUACCCUGUUUUUUUCUCUCCUCUCUUCCUCAUCUGCGUUGUUUUGGUCGCUUGUUUUUACUCACUGUGUGGAUGAACAGCGAGCGCUUUCAAACGUUAAAGUGACAGUGCAUCGCUGGCAUGCGGUAUGGAGAUCUUCUGAUUUGUCUGUUUUAUUUCGAGGGAGACGUGCAUGCUUUUACAGCAGCAGUGGUGGAGCUGCAGACGGUAGCUCAGAGCCUUUUUGGCUGUAGUUCAGGACUGAGAAAAUGGCGGUCCUGCACUUCUCAGUGGAGUGACGCUACAGAACGACAGCACUGUGUGUGUCAGAAACACAGUGCCCUCUUUCCCCCUGUACUCUCUCACUGCGUCCACUCUCUCCUGUAGUUGCAAGCAUUGAAUUAAGCUGGAAAGCAGGGGGUGGUACACAAAUGCUGAUACCUCCCAAAAUGCAGUUGCGACAGCGUGUGCAUACAAACUACGCAUGCAUGUGAUCGACAAACAUGUAAACAACAAACCACUGCAGCGCACAGAGCAGCAGAAACGGGGCAUUUAGUUGGCAGCAGGUUCAUCAGUGCAGCAAUCAUGAUCUGCAGCAGGGAUUGUUUUAUAACCAACAUGAUCCAUGUGUACACAGGAACUCCUGGAGGCUAGCUCCACUCAGUCCACAGGGAGGGGAGAAAAGAGCUAAAGCGUUUCUUUUAGCCUGAUGUUUAGUUUCUAACCAGGUUUUCAGAGCUAGGCUAAAGUGUUUGUGCUUCACAUCAGGCAGAGGUCAUAACUGCAGUGCUUAAGGGAUCAGAAGUCGAAGAUGACUCAGUAGCGUGACCUCUGUCAUCGAUGAUGUCCUCCUCUGUGGUUUCUAAGUAUGGCGGUCCUUAAAGGUGUCUUGUUAAAGACAAAAGAAUAAAUUUUAUGAUCAAAAUGUAAAAAUAAAAGAUUUAUUUUCAUCGUCAUCAGUGUUUGGUUUUAAAGGUCAGAUGCACCAAAUUCCUCAAGCAGAAAACAGGCCAGACGUGCCAUCUGUAGAUAAACUUAAUAAUCUUUGAUUUAUCACAGCCAUAUAAAGCAGAUCAUUGUUACUGCUUUUAGUCAGUAUUUAUUUAUAAACAUACAGAUAAAAACUAUGAAAGUGUGUAGUAUUCAAAGAGAGUAAAUAUUCAACUUUUCAAUAGUUAUCGUGGUAUACCUUAUCUCCUCUCUAUAUUUGCUCUAAUGCGUGGGUGGUAUUUAUUUUCAUUAAUAAAGCAAUAUCUAUAGUCUUCUCAUGAAUGCAUAAGAAGACACCUUACGUGUUGCCAUGGUAUUUAACCUUACUGAGAAUGCGUGGGAGUGAUGACGUACAUAAAUUCUGCCUCUUUGCUCGUCUUCAAGCUUACCCUCACCUAAUGCCGUGUUUCUCCCUCUUACACAGAACUGCCCCCACAGAGUGGCCAAGGAGCCCAGUAUGAUAAUCCCCUCUGGGGACACCUGCCAGCCAACAGAAGUGCCACAAGUGCUACAUCUUCCACCAAUUUCAGUGGCUGGGAUCAACUGAUCAUCGACCAGAAGGACACAGAAGCUUGGCCUUCUAUUACCCUCAGCCAGAGCCAGGCCCCUCAAGGAGGAUGCCCUUUGGACACUGACCCUGGUCGCCGGACCAGCAGCAGCAGUAGUACUAGUAGUAGUUGUAGUACAGUGAUUAUGGCCACGGGGGCUAAUAGCCAGACAGGCCACUUCCCUGCCAACCAACUAAGCAGCAAGGCCAACAGUGUGCCCAGCCCUGCCAAUCAUAGUGGAACCAGCAUGCUCUCCAGCCAGGUUGCAGCCAGUCGCAGCUGGGGCUCUGGGUCUGGACCCUCCCAUUGCCCCCCUCAGUCCUCAGUGGGGAGUGAAGGGAAGAGUGACAGCCCGGUGGCUGGAGGAGGCAGCAGGGGCUGGGGCUCUUCUUCGUCAUCUUCCACCAACAACUUUAACUUGAACCUAAACCCCAGUGCCAACCCCUCAGCCUGGCCCAUGCUGGGACACGAUGGGGGCGGCACAGGGGGAGGCAGCUCAGGGGGAGCCAACACCAUUUCAACUCCUCAGCCCACACCCAACCUCUCCAACCCACCUGGCCCCCCACCAGCCCAGACCAGCACCUGUACUGGAGCCAACACUAACAGCAACUCCUCUGUGAUUGGCAGCGCCUGGGGUAGCAUGAUGGCCUCUGACACGUCAGAGCCACACCCCUCCCCGUCCACAAAUGUGUCUUUCAGUUCAGAACCUCAGAACCUUAAAACUGAUGGACCAAAUCACACUAACAAACAGGACCCCCCCAGCCCCAUUCGCAGUUUGCCUGGCUGGGGUAAUGCACCUGCAGGCCUGGGUUCAAUGGGCCAGUCCCAGUCAGGGGGCCCACAGGUCAAUGGAGAAGAUGGUAGUUCAGCAUGGGGUAACAGUGGGGACUCAAAGGCACCUUCAUCUAAAGAGGCACCUGGCUGGGACUCCGGCUGGGGCCACGGAGGAAGUGGAGCUGGAAACUCUGGAGGCUGGGGAGACCAGUCUAGCAGAGGCUGGGGAAAGCAGCACACUGAAGAGACACAGGGGGGCUGGGACGCCCCCAGCUCUCCCCCCCAGGAUGCACAGACCAGUCCCUGGAGCAGAGCAGUUAGCACAGCUGGUGCCAGUGAGGGGAGCAGUGACAGCAUGGAAGGACAUCCCCAACGAAGAGACCGCUCAUCCAGAGAUAAUCCAGCUCCUCUCCUGCCGGCUCAGGAUCUGGACCCCAGGGUUUUGUGCAACACUGGCUGGGGACAAACCCCUGUUCGUCAGCAUACCUCCUGGGUCAUGGACGAUACUACACGCAAGACUGAAGGCUCUGAGUCGUGGGGCUCUGGCCCAAGCACCCCGAGUGACAACCAAGGGCCCUCCAACACUAACCUGGGCCCCUCACAGAGGACUGACCCUGGGAGCAAAAACGAUGUGCCUGGUUCUCAGGGAGCUUCAGGUUGGGGUGGAGGCGUAGCUGCUACCAACCAGCCGAGCUCUGGUUGGGGAGAGCAACCCAACAACAUCAAGCCCCAAACUGGCCCAAGUGGCUGGGGGACUCCUCCGACAACAGGCCCCUCCACCAUGCCCAAGAAUGGGGGCCAGUCCUGGGGAGAGGAAAAGUCCACUGGAUGGGAUGAUCCUCACGUCAAGACCACCUCCCAGGGCUGGGGAGAUCAACCAAAAGCAUCUCAAAGCUGGGGCAGCAGUGGAGGGAGCAAUAAUUCAGGGGACUGGAGAGAAGCAGAGGACUGCAAGAAGAGCCCCACAAACCCCGGUUGGGAAGGGGAACCUGGAGGUUUGAAGGAAACUCCCCGAAGUUGGGGCAUACCUCCCUCUGGAUCUGGAAUAUCUGGAACAGGAGGAAACGGGGGCUGGGGUGAGCCAGUCGGCCAACGUACCAAUGGCCCUCCCCAAAGCUGGGGGCCCAGUGGAAAUAGUGGAGGAGAAAGAGGAGGAGGAGGAGGAGGAGGCAUGGGCUCUUGGGGGGGCUCAGGCUCAGUGAAGCAGGGCGCAGGCUGGACUGGCAGUAAGCAGGAAUCCUCAGCUGAGCCCACAGGCUGGGAAGAGCCCUCCCCGCCCUCAAUAAGACGUAAGAUGGAGAUAGAUGACGGGACAUCAGCCUGGGGUGACCCUGGUACCUACAACAAGGCAGUCAACCUGUGGGACAGGAACAAUCCAGGGAUGUCCCAGGCCAAAGUCCCACCUGGAGCCAAUAACCCCCCAGGCCCCAACAACAACAACAACAACCAUCCCUCUUCUCACAAUCACACCUAUCACGGCCCGCCUGCACCUUUACAGAACCACACUUCAAACUCCCAAAACCCAGGGCCCACGGGUGGACCCAUGGAUCCUGUCGUCCAACACCAGACUGGGCCGUCUCACAACCGGGGUCCCCUGAUAUCUCAAGGUAGGACAACCCAGUUUUCUGGUUUACAUAUCUUAUUUUGGUACUUUCAUCCCCUGCCUUUGAGGGACUUUAAGUUGGGCACAGCUUGGGGUGAUGUUGGGCACUAUAUAACGGUAUAUAUCACGGUAUGUUUUUUGCCCCUGUAAAUUCCAUUAAUGGCUUAAAAAUAACCACACUGUCGCAUUUGUUCAUUUUCCUUUUAUUUUUAAAUUUAAAUUUGUGAACAAAUGCAAACAAAAUGUCAGACCAGUUUGGCGAUUUUUUUUAUCACAUGGCGUACCUCUGGUGAAAGAUUCUGCCAAGUUCUUUUGUAUGAGAGGAGCUGCUACAGUUUUAGUUUUUGGUGCAGCAGGUGCGUCACGCAUCUUUUAGCUCUCAUAAUAGAGCUUGGCGUGUUUCAUCUUUUGGUGGUGGAAGAGGUUGCUGGUGUUAACUCCUCCAGCAAUGACAGCCACACGACACUCUUUGAUAGUAUUGUUUUUUUAUCAUUGCCGGAUUUUCUACAUCCAAAGAAUCUCCAGACAACCGAUGUUGUGGCUCGCGCUCUCUUUCGCGCCAUGACCACCACCAGUGAAGCUGUUUCUUCUUCGUCAAAACUAUGCCAAGCAGUCUGCUGGACACGCUGGUGAUUAUAGGGAGCGCACCCAAACCUUACCAAUCAAACGGAGCGAACAAACUCCGCAUGACACGCUGGUGAAUAUACGGAAGCGCACCCAAACGGAAGCGCUCCAGCUUUCCUGUUAGCCAGCGCAGACAACUACAUACUGAAUCAGAGAGAUGCAGCAGACAUCUUCUCUCUCUCUCUCUUUGGUAUAAAUGCAAAAUUUGUACCAAUAGACACCUUUAUACCGUCAUACCGCCCAACACUAGCUUGGGGUGUUACUUUUUACACAGCUUAGUGGAGAUAAAUGACCGAAGAGUCAGGUCUGUGUUAAAAUAUGGAUCAGCAUAAAGGUCUCAUUUAACUGGCUUCGACUGUAGGUGAGCCGUGUUGUUAGCGUUCACAUUCGUUUGAUUUCAGAUCUCUGACUCAGUAAAAUUAUGACUUUUUUCCCCUCACUGCUCAAAGCAAAGGUGUCAAACAUGAAAGCUGGUCGGUCAGUGAGCGCGGCGCUCUGCUGAGCUCCAAUCUGUUGAUCCACUUAAAGGUAAUACUUGACCUAGUUUGUCCUCUUUGGAUUUACAUGUAAUUCACUACACAAAUGAGUUAGCCAGCGCCGCCCUGUCUUCUCCAUGAGGCUCCUCAGAUUUCACAACACUGAACCCCUCUGUGCGGGUAACCCUGGCAACCCCUCAUGGGCACUCAGAGGAAGCACAAGAAUGCUGUUUACAAAGUGCCUCGUGAAAACAGCGAUUCACCACAAACUGUUUGAGACGGAUCGGAAGUGUGUGAUUAUAUGGGAGCCACCAUCUGUCAGUAUCUGAAGGGAGGAGGUGGAGCGAGCGUUUAGGCGCUGUGAGGGGUCAGACGCCCCCUGCUGUCCCUCACUUGACCCUGCAUACUGACAGUCACACUGGAUAUGUUUGCUGCCCAGUAAAACCUGAUAGCUGACCCUUGAACUGGCACAGCUCUUCGGGAGUUUAGAGCUAAAAACAAACAGGGUGAAUAAUAGAUAUAAAUUAGGCACAGCAGGAGGUGAGAAUGACUUUACUUUCUUUCACAUUAGAUGGUAGAUCGUAGUCUGCUUUUGGAGCUGCCGGCAUGAUCUGACCUCUCCCUGUAGAGAGAGCUAAGCUCAGCCUGGCACUGCCACUGGCCCCCAGACAGCACCGAGUCUCUGGUGCCAAGAGGGACCAGGGCUGUGCCAAAUCUUAAAUGGGCAUCUUCUCUGUGUGUCAAUGAUCCUGCUAAGCAAGCCCAGGUUUCUGCACGAGUGGCACUUCACACUCCAAAAGAGAAAGAUAAAUGGGGUCAUGAUGUGUGAAAGAGGCUCUGAUGGACUUGAAGGUCUGAUUUAUCGACAAAUUAAGUACCAAAAAAAAAAAGGUUUUUGCAAGUCUGUUAUUUGGAUUAAUUUGGAUUUAAACUUUAAAAUCUCAGCAGAUACUAAAGGAAACAAAGAAACUGAAAUCUGAUCUUUACAAAGGUGGUGAAGACUGAGAAUUUGUGCAGAUUUCUAACGAUAUGUUAAUAUUUUUGUGUCUCCUGCAGGUUGGGGAGAGCUUUCCAGCUCCCACACCAAAUCAGAGAGCUCUUGGGGGGAACCCGCUCCUGCUCCGGUCAGCGUGGACAACGGGACUUCUGCCUGGGGCAAGCCUACCGGCAGCUGUGGAGGCUGGGGAGACAACAACUCCGACAGCUACGGCAGGAGCAACUCGACGAUGACAACUGCAUCUUGCAAACCUGGUACACGUCUAUGAUUAUAAUAUGAGACCGUCUUAACAAGAUGUUUAACUUUAACAACAGCGUGUGUGCUCUUCACUGCUGGAAACAAGUUCAAUAACCAUCCCCUCAUGUCUCAAGGACAUUAAUAUAAUAGAGGAGAUGGAAGAGCUCCCACAAUCCCUCACAGAUAUCCACACUGGCCCCUAGUGGCCAUUUGAUAAACUUGUUCAGAAGAUGUGUGGGUAGAAAAGGAAAAGGUGUCAUAUUUUUAGUUUAACUGAGCAGUAUUUAGUUUUUUUCAGAACUCACCUGACUGGAUACUUGACUUUAACGGAAACAGAGGAUUUUAUAUGUUGGAGUGCACGUUUAUAACAGAAAUAAAUGCUUGCGUCGCAGUUUUCCACCUAAAGCUAUUGUCUAUCAUGCUGCAUUGUCUGAAUCGACUCUUGUGAUGUCUUCUCCAGCUCCCAAACCUAUGCAAGAUGGAUGGGGAGGUGGAGGUGAAGAGCUGAACCUGUCGGGCGGUCAGUGGGAUGCUGAGGAAGGGGACAUGUGGAACAGCACUGCCUCCCAGGAAAGCAACUCUUCCUGCAACUCUUGGGGCAACGCAUCUAAAAAAGCCCCACAGAAGGUGAACCAGGCCUGCUUCAAUCAAGUAAAACCCUUUACGUCUUUGAGAAACUAGUUUAAUAUUAUGUUUUCAUAGUUUGAGUUAGUGUGGUAUUAAUUUUCCAUCCUCAUUCCUCUCAGGUGAAGGUUCCAGUGAAGCAGGAAGACGCCUGGAUCAUGAAUCGUCUCAUCAAACAGCUGACAGACAUGGGCUUCCCUGUGAGUCCAGGAAUAAAGACUAGGGCUUUAUUUUCUUUAAUGCAUUUAAUUUACAUUUUAUCAAAAUAAAAAUAACAUUUACUCACAAAAAAACUCCAGAUCCGCUCCUUGUUUUGAUUUUCUGUAACCUCACUGACAUUUUCCUGUCUUUCUCCAGCGGGACCCAGCAGAGGAGGCUCUGAAGAGCAACAACAUGAACCUGGACCAGGCCAUGAGUGCCCUGCUGGAGAAGAAGACGGAGCUAGACAAGCGGGGGAUGGGGAUAACCGGCCACGACUACAACAACGGGCUCAUCAACAAGCCCAUGAGCUGCCCUCGGCCUCCGCUUCUUUCCAAAGACCCCUCAGCAGAUCCCCGCUUGCCCUUCAUGGACAAGGUAAAUCAGUGACGAGCUCAAAAAGAAUAAAAAGAUUAUGAAAUAUUUUUGGAUCUGAACGUUCAGGAAGUGUAGGAAAUAUUCCACUGAUGCUCGAUUCAUAAGAGAUUGAUUAGGAGAGGAAUUUCAGUCUGAGACUGCAGCUUUUCAGAGUUUUCAUCCAUCACAGUCUCCCCCUGCUGGACAUUUGAAGAAUACAGUUUCAUGACACAUUGAUUCUCUCUUUAUACUAACUCUUUGUGCACCAAAGAAAACCAUCUGAAGUGCCUAAACCUUAGUUCCCUCUCACCUCUGCAUGUUCGAAAGGACAGUUUCAGUUGUGCGAUACAUUUUUUCCUUCAAACACUCGAAUUUUAAUUUAACGAUGGUCUGGAUUUGUAUUGGAUUUAUAAAGUCGAGACUUUGACUCUUUCUUUUCUGUUCCUCGUCCUCCGUCCAGCAGAUGCAGAGUGGAAUGUUUGGCGGUGGUGGAGCAGCACAAACCCGGGCCAUGCAGCAGCCUCAGCCGCCUCCUCAGCCGCCAGUGCCGCCUCUCAGUUCCUCUCAGCCUAGUCUACGCGCUCAAGUGCCUCAGUUUCUCUCCCCUCAGGUACACACACACACUCACACACACACGCCUCGUUUUUGACUUACUACAUCAACACAUCUGUGAACUACUUUAAUGUAUGCACGAUAAAUAUUCAGCAUUCAGAUAUCGGCUUUAAGAAACAUCUAAUGUUCGGGUGGUGUUUUUUCCCCUACAGGUUCAAGCACAGCUCUUACAGUUUGCAGCAAAAAACAUUGGUCUGAAUCCUGCACUUUUAACCUCACCAAUAAACCCUCAACAUAUGACCCUUCUGAAUCAACUUUACCAGCUGCAACUGGUGAGUCUCAGUCAGCCCCAUCUGCUUCAAACUGAACCGCAUGUAUGAGUUAAACUGCAGUUAUCUGGGACCCCAAAACCCUCAAAGACAGAAUUAAAAGUUUUAUUUUAUUUUAUUUGGCCAAACAUAAACCUCAAAAAGACCAAAAGCAUGAGCGUCUCUUUUUUAAUUGGACUGUAAAUUUGCUCUCUCUAAUAUUUCCAGUACUUGUACUUCAAUCCGUCAGACUCUGUUUUAAGUAUUCAUGAGUCCUCCAGAGUUAUAGCAGCAUAAUUGACCUGCUAAUGUUUAUGUACUUGUUCCUAAAACAGGCAUACCAGCGUUUACAAAUUCAGCAGCAGAUGUUGCAGGCGCAACGCAACGUUUCUGGCCCCAUUCGACAACAAGAGCAGCAAGUAAGUAUCAACCCUCCUGCACAAAAAUCUACAUUUAUGUGAACUUUAGUUCUUAUUAGUCUCACCUAAACAUAUUUCCUUUGUUGUCUUCCAGGUUGCACGUACAAUCAAUAACAUGCAGCAGCAGAUCCAACAGCACCAGCGUCAGCUGGCCCAGGCCCUGCUGAUGAAGCAGCAGCAACAGCAGCCGCCCCCCUCCCACUCUGGCCUUCACCCUGGCGGGACUAAAUCCACCCUGGACUCGUUUCCAGGUCACCCCCAGGCUCCGGGCCUCUCUGACCUGCAGACCAAAGAGCCGCAGUCAUCUCCAAACACCUACAGCCCCUACUCUCUCUGUGAGUGGCACCAAACCUCUCCUCUCAUGGCAGAUAGAUGGAGUGUGUCGUGUUCUAACGUCUCUCUGUCCCUCCAGCUGGACUGAAUCAAAACAUGAAUGUAAACUGCAUGGAGGUGGGAGGUCUGUCCAUGAAGGAUCCUCCUCAGCCGCAGUCGCGCCUGUCGCAGUGGACGCAUCCCAACUCCAUCGAGAGCCUCUCUGGAAGCUCCUCUCCUCUGGAGCCCAACCUGGGCAAACAUGGUGAGAAACCCAACUGAAUCCUGGGUAAUUUAAAAGUGAGGGCCACCACUAGAGAAGGUACCUGUUUACCUGUUUUCCUCUUUACUUCUGUUUCUCAGGUGCCAACCUCGGCCCGCCUGGAAAGCCUCAUCAGCUGGAGGACUCCUACAGCCCCUACAACCUGAUGUCCAGCUCAGAGUCUCCUACCAGCCCCCUGGUCCCCCCUGACAGCUGGGGGCAGGGCAAGAGCAGCAGCGACAAGAUGGCCAACGGGACCAAUAUCAACUGGCCACCAGGUAAAGAGCUUUUAGCUGAGGACCAGAUCAUCGAUUAAAUGAUAGAUGGGAGAACAGAGGAGGAAGAUUGACGAGGAGGAACCAACAAACAGAUCUAACCCGGGUCCUGUGUGAGGACUUGUGAGUCGUGUAGGACCUGGACUGCUCCUCCUAUAAAGGAUUGUAAAACUAAAUGUCUCUUUUCAGAGUUCUGCCCCGGUGUCCCCUGGAAGGGUCUCCAGAAUAUCGACCCUGAGACCGACCCAAACGUGACCCCAGGCAGCGUCCCCAGCGGGCCCACCAUCAACACCAAUAUCCAGGAUGUCAACCGCUACCUGCUGCGGGACAGGAGCGGAGGUGAGAGCAGGGACAGGGUUCGACUGGAGGUUUCAGUGACAGCUGAAGUUUUGUCGAUCUUUUAACUUCUGGGACGUUCUAGAAAAAUCUUUGUUCAGUUUAAAUUCUGACAGUUUCAUUCCGCCGCUCCCACCAGACAUCCUGCUUUUCUUCAUUUUCCCUCUUUCUCGUGUAAUCACUGUCUGUUCUUCUCAAUCAUUUUUGCACUUUUUUUCCUUUACUCCAUUUCUUUCUCUCUUCUAUUUUUCCUUUUUUUGUUUGUCUCUGUCUUUUCUGUUUGUGUUGACGGCCUCCGCUCAGGCUCCUCUCCCGCUUCAUCUCAGAACGAGGCUCUGCCUCCCUCCUCUGAUUGGCCGGUCAGUGCCUACACUAGCUCGUUCAGUCUGUCGUCCCCGGAGGCAGACGAUACAGGUACACCGUUUGUCUGUAACCUCCUCCCCGCACGCUGCAGUGGCUCAAUCACUGCAGGUCGACUUAAUCCUCUCCCUCCUGUUACCGCAACGACCAGAACCUCAGCCAGUCUCUGCAGAACCUGGUCUCUCCUGGUCCUGAUUAGAUCUGAUCCUCUUUAGAGAUCUCUCCCUGCAUAUUUCCCCUGCUGUGGUGUAUUUAGUGCAUCCCCUCCUCUUGUCCGUGUGGCAUGGGAAAUAUUCGCUCUGCAGGUGGAGCAGCUUCACUUCUGUCACUCAGGUCUGCAGACUGACCUCUCCUCUCCUCGCUCUUUUCUCUGCAGGUAAACUCUCCGAGAUGAAAUCGACGUGGUCUCCAGGCCCCAUCUCUCACAGCCAGGCCCCUCUGUCCCACGAGCUGUGGAAGGUCCCACAGGGCACCCGGGGCAGCAACACGGCCCCCUCCCGCCCCCCGCCUGGUCUCACCAACACCAAGCCUUCCUCCACAUGGGGGGGCAACUCCCUGGGUCUGGCCCAGGGCUGGAGCAGCUCUUACACCACAGGUAGUCCUCAAAGUGGAACCUUCAGAGAAGCUUUUAGAGUUUGUCGUGAGAGUUUGAAGGAUUUAACAAACUAAAGAUUAGAGGCCAAGAAAUUUCUGUUUAUUGAUGAAUUGAUCUUUGCAAACAUCCGUGAUCGAGUAUCAGUAAACUUAGAGACAACUCCCAUUUCUGAGCCAGCUCUUAUGACGUGAAUGUGAGUCUGAGCUGCAGCGUGUGGAGGUGAACAGUGAGCAGUCUGAGUUUACUGGAAGAGCGAGCGUUGUCCUUAUGUGGUAAAAACCGCAGGCUGAUCUUGUAGGUUCAGAACAGACAGGAUGAACGACGAGCUCUUCUUCUUCUUCUUGUGGUUGAAAAACGUCAACUGUCACUGGGUGGAGCUUUUCUGAGCAGCAGAAAUCAACACCAACAGAAAAACUGACAUUUCUAAUUAUGAUGAGUUUCUGUUUCUGUGUUUCCGUCAGCCGGCACCACGUGGAGCACCGACAGCUCCAACCGGACCAGCAGCUGGCUGGUUCUGAGGAACCUGACUCCACAGGUGAGUCUUCACGUCAGCUGCUUCCUCUCACAUCUGACAGGAAAAGUGACUCCACCCGGAUUUAACGUUUUUUUUCUGUCUGUUCCAGAUUGACGGUUCGACUCUGCGGACACUGUGCAUGCAGCACGGCCCCCUCAUCACAUUCCACCUCAACCUGACGCAGGGCAACGCUGUGGUGCGCUACAGCUCCAAGGACGAAGCUGCCAAGGCUCAGAAGUCCCUGCACAUGUACGAGACCUCGUUAGAUGAUUUCACCUACUGUAGUUUUCAGUAUAUGUUUUUUUUUUUGUCUUUCGUGACCUUUUUUACGAGCCGUUCUUCUCGUCCUCCCUCAGGUGUGUGCUCGGGAACACCACCAUCCUGGCGGAGUUCGCCGGGGAAGAGGAGGUGAACCGCUUCUUUGCACAGGGCCAGCUGCUGGGCGGGACGACCAGCUGGCAGGCCACUCCAGGCACCAAUCAGACGAGGAUGGGCGGGACCGGGUCCGGCGCCUCCCAUCCUAUCGGUCACUCGCCUCACUGGAACAACAACAACGGCAGCAACAGCAGCAGCAGUAGCAGCAGCCUGGGAACGGGCGGCGCGAAGACGGGCGGAGAGUUGCUGUGGGGCGGCGUGCCGCAGUAUUCCAGCCUGUGGGGACCCCCGAGCGGAGAGGAGGGACGAGUGGUGGGGAGUCCGACCCCAAUCAAUACGCUGCUGCCUGGAGAUCUGCUCAGUGGGGAGUCCAUGUAGGAAGAAACAGAAAACACCAACAGGAGCGAAAAGAAAAAACUUUGCAAAUCAUUGUGGAGAUAAUCAGUGUGGAUGUGACGUGGAAAGGAGAGACGGGAGGAGGGCGGGGCCACAUCCUCGCUGCUCAUCCUCGCCAACCUCCUCGACUCCUUUUUCGGUUUUAAAGACAUUUCAUUUGCAGUUUCUUUAGCGAAUCUCAGCGAGAGAGAGAGAGAUCUCUCUCACAGCGUUCGGCUCUCGGAAAAACUGAAAGCGAACUUUUUACAGACCAGAACUCUGGAGAACUCGCUGCGCGUGAAACGAACACCAACUUUAGUCAAACUGACACGACGACGAGCUGCCACCUUGAAAAACUUGCGUAAUCCCUCUCUGCCUUUUGAGGCAAUCAUACUGCACCUCAGAGAUCCAUUGAAAGGCAUCAUUCCCAAAGUCUAAGAACCUUCAAUCAGAGCGGUUGUCGAACCUUUCGGCUGGUCCAGACUCAACAUUUUGUUUCUCUCUCUCUCAGCACUAAUAUUAGCCUUAACCUCUCUCCUGCCCUGCUUUCCUCACUCACUCUGUACUUGGUGAAGAAGCGUACGGACACUUGCACACCCUUAUUUCUGAGCCAGUGAAACCCUGAGUGGAGAGUACAUGCUGCUGCAGAUUUACAUUAGCAACCACAGCUCACAAACUCCAGUGCAUUUUUGCAAGCAGACCGAGUUCCCCCCACACGACGCUCAAAGGGAAUGAUGCAACUUUAUUCCACGUGUCCAAGCCAUUCGUUUUUGUAGUGGUUCUUGUUUUUGUUUUUUGAUUUUUCUUCGCAAACCAAGCUAAGAACUGAAACUGAAAUGUGUCUAUCAAUCUUACCUGGUGGGGUGAGAGUCCCGGGGGGCGUCACAUGUACAUUUAAAGACGGGAUGGAUGAAAACAAAUGAACCACUGCUAUUACUACCGAACUGUAAAGACAAAUAACUUCAAUGCACCUCAACUCAUCUGCGGGGGGGGGAAGAAACCCGCAGUGUGGUCUCAAAUCUCGGACCCUGUCACUGAUGUUGUGGAAAACCUCAAGUUGUAAAUGUUUCCCCGCCGGUGUGUAGUCAAAGAUCCCCGCCUCUUUCUCCCGCUCCACCUGCAAAAACACCAUUUCAAGUGACGUGCAAUAUAAGCCACAGACUCUACCGUCCAAGAAAAACGUACACGGGCCUCUCCGACAGAAAGAAAGAGAGGAGGAGACUAUAAGGAAUGAUUGAACUACUCCACCCCUCCACCCCUAAAACUGCCACUACCACCCUCCUCCUCCACCUCCCCUCCACCCUCCCCCCUCCGAGAGUGUGUGAGCUCAGGAGAGUAGCAAGCUGGUCUUCAGCCACCCUCUGUCCAAAACACAAAGCACUUCUUCAGCCAGCCUACUCUCCACACGUAUGCCAGUGACUAGAUUUGGGGCAGACGGAGGGACAAGUGUGUUAGUGUGUGUGUGUGUUUGUGUAUAUGUGUGUGUACGUGUGUGUGUCGGGGAGAAGGCGUCAAACCAAAACGAGAGGAGCCUGUCGUCCCCCUUUUACCCAGAAGACCAGAUCACCUUUAUUUUCUCGUUUUUUUCUGCCCAAGUCUUUUUUUUUUUGCAAAUGUAGAAAAGUAUGAAGCAAAAGGUUUGUGAAUCGGUGGUCGAUCAUAGCACUUAGCAAAAGAGCGCCGCGGCUCGUUUGACCCUUAAUGCCAACGACUAGAAGAAAAGGAGGAGAAGUGACACUGGCGAAUAAAAACUGACAAAAAAACAAAGACAAAAAAGCAAUCUGCUCAGUGGCUUCUCUCGAUACUUAUUUUUUGACUUGAUAUGGAUGUGAAGAUACUUUUUGUUUUGUUUUGUUUUUCUUUCAAAUCCUUCUUCCCUCAAGUUGGUGGGACCAGGAAGGAUGUCAAACACGGUAGCAAAGUGAAGGGAAAUACAAAGAACGAACUUACUCACAGACUGACGACGGGUGCGCCCGUCUCACCCUCUUUAUCAGAGUAAAUAUCACUGUUACAUUGCAUACUUUGAAAUCUUUAGCCUUGGUGUCUGGAAACACUCGACGUGUUCGUGUUCCACUGGGUCCAGCAGGGAGGACCGCCAUCUUCUUCAUCCUGUUUUUUUUUUUUUUGUUUUUAUUUUGUCGUCUUUCUAUUGGAGGCCCUGCCAACCUGUGUGAAAGUGUGGCCACUGAGUGCCUGCCUGCUGCCGAGCGCGGUGCUCUGCAGCAGCCUUCACCCCCCACGACUCCCACCCGCCCGCUCGCUCCUUCGCUCAUUCGCUUCCUCCCUGCGGAUCCCUACAAGACUGGCUUCCCUCCUCUUCCUCGCCCCCUUCCCCACCCUCGGCCUCCAGGCCCAGAGCAGCUCUUUCAGAACUGGCCCACCUGUAUUAAAUUUACUACUACUGCUGCGCCAGAGUCUGUCCUCACAACCUCCAACUCCACUCUGUCUCUGUCUCUCUCCUGCAAGGAUCACUUUAGCCAGAGAUAGAGGCAUUUUUGACGUGUUUGUUUUAUUUCUUUUUUUCUGGUUUUACUUAUGGAAUUUGCCAGUGUGCAUUUUUAUUUUAUUGUUGUCAUAAAGUUUGCUGAUAUUGUUGCUGUUAUCAUUGACGAUAUAUAUAGAUAAUGAUUGUUUUCUGACGAUGAUGAUGAUGAUUUCAUGGCUUUUUUUAACAUCGGUCUUUAUGCAGUGUUCAGCUUCUCUCCUGCCCCCUCCCACUACCUCCGAGGCAAACGCAGAGUGUCGUUUUCAGAGGUACGCCUCAGCUGUGCAGCACGGCCACACACACACACACACACACACACGCGCGCGCGGUAUAGAAGGUAUAGUGGGGGGGGUUUAGAAGAGUCAAAUCAAAGUGUUAAGAGAACGGUUCUCUCCUCCACCAAAGUGAGCCAGCUUCCUCUCGUCCAUCUCGAGGCGCCCGACCUCUCCUAACACACACACACACACAUGCGCGCGCAUCCUUUGGUGUGGAUGGGCCUCACUCACACUGGUGCUUUAUGUUUAACUCUGGGAGCACUCAGUUACACUUAGAACCGCCUCGACUGACGACAACAGCAGCCUUCCAUUUCUAUGCAAAAGACAAGGAGGUGUUUGUUCACAGCCAUCUAGAAAAACACAGCCAUUCGCCACAUCUGCCAAUCUCCACCCAGCUCCUCGACCUUUACUACCAGGCAGCUCCCCUCCCUCUCUUUAUCUCUCUCUCUCUCUCUUUAGUCUCCCACUGUGCGAACAGAGUUACAUGAUGACACUAACCUGACCUGCUGGAGGCACUAUUGGUUGGCAGAGUCUUCAGUCACGUGCCAACUGAUGUACAAAUAUCUUCUUCCACUUUUGCCAUAUCCUCAUUUCUCUUUAGCGUGACGACGGCGACGAGACUUUAGUUUCUUUUCUUGCUGCAGGAGGCGUUAGGAGUAGACGGGCAGGACAGGUGAACGGUGCAGGUAUUUAUCAAACAAAGGACUGGAAAUCUAGCGGAGAACCGGGCUGCGUGAGGAGGAGGAGGAGGAGGAGGGGCAGGGGCGGUCCCUGUAUGUGUCUGUGCACUGUUUAUGGGUCACAUCGGGUACAUCUCUUUAAAAACCAAAAACAUCUUUUUCUUUAUCAUUGAGGUUUUUUUUUUUUUUUUUUUGCAAAACUAGAAACUACAAAAAAAAAAAAACGUCUGUUCCAGCUGUGCACUCCGAGGCUGUGACGCCUGUUUUUCUCUGCGCGCUGCCGCCUUCUCACCCCCCCUCGUCCGGGCUGUUUUUGGCCCCCACGCACGGGGAAGCUGUAUCCAGGCGGUUCUUCAACGAGCCUCCGACCUGAAGGUGUCGCAGGUGGAUUUAUCACAACAGGUCAUUUCUGCACAUCUGGCUUCGGGGUCAGAGUCCACGCAGGGGACCCGGAGUAUCAGCAGAGACGGGGACUCACCUCAAAGUUCGGUACCAAGUCUUAAAACUUUUUGCCCUCUUCCAGAGUCGCUCGAGACUCGCAUCAUUCAACAAAACAAUCACUAUUGCCUGUUGUCGUCUGAUUGUGUGUUUGUUUGUUCGUUUGUUUGUUCCUGAAAACCUGCAUUUACUCCACACUGGACUUGAAUCAAUGAACUGGCGUUGGAAGCAGGGAGGCGAACAGAGCGGGAGGGCGGGCGACGGGGUCACGGAGGUCGGGUCUCAGAUGUGCCCUGGAUUUCUUGGCGCAGCACCAGCACUGAGAGCACCCGGCCCCCUUCCUGCUGCGCCCGCCUCCUGCACUCCUAUCUACCUGUCUAGUGUUGGAAAUCAGAUGCUCGCCCUUUUUUUUUUGUUGUUUUUUUUUAAUUCGCACGGACUCAGAGGCAACUGGAGCUCAAGCAAAAUCUGCGUCUCAAUCAUGGAUCAGACGGGGGGGCCCUGAAAAGAGUUGAAUUAGCAAAUCUCUAAGGCCUGGGUUGAAUAUGCACAUGCUAGUUCAUACACAGAAUACAACCAAGAGUACAGAACGGGUGUAUGCGUGUGUAUGACUAGAUCUCUCUCUCUGUUUUCCCCUUCAGCCCUCACCCUGCGUAUCCUCCUCCACAUUUUAUUUCCCAGAAGACAAGAUCAUAAACAUAUCAGAGUAAUACAAAAUAAUGAAAAACAAAUACUUGAAUCAAAAGAAGCGCCAAUAAUGUAAUGUGAACACUUUUUGUAGUGGUUUUUUGUCUCAUUCAUACACUUCAGAGAUUUUUGAUAGCAUCGGUUCAAGCGUGAAUCCAAUUUGAAAUACGAGUGUUGUUGAAAACAAAGAUCAAUAUAAAGGCAAAAUUUACAUCUGUUGUAUUUGAGUGUUUGCACAAGGCUGCUUGUACUGUAUGUGGCGUGAAUGAGGUUGAAUUUAUGCGUGAGAGCUCGUGAUUACAGCGGAGGAAUUUCCGCCUUGUGAUUCUUUUCAAUUCAGUAUACUUUUAAUGUUUUUUUUUUUUUCUUUUUUUUUUUCGCUUGUCAAAAAAUAUAUUCUGAUGUUAAUUGUUACUAGCCUCUAGCGUUGCACUGAGUGUCAGCCUCACCCCUCAUCCAGCUAAAUGAACAACAUGAUACAAGUACUGAGGGGGGACGGGGACAGUUCAUGUGUAAAUGUUUACUCAAGGACUAAAAAUAAGUGUGUUUUUAAAAUGUAAUGUUUAUCUACCUUAGUGGCUUUCAUUGUGGAAUAAUCCAAGAAAGUAUGGAUCAUAAUUGAGUAUUGCACCAUUUUUCAGACUGUAAACCUAAAAAAAAAAAGAAGAAAAUCGAAAAAAAAAUCACAUAUAUAUGAAAAAAUGCAGCAAAAAAAGUAUUUUGCAGACCUGUGGCCAUAGAUCGGGGUAGAAGGACUUCAGCUCCUCCAAAAUCUGAGCAACGGAGAGCGUGAAGGACGAGACAUCAGACUGAGCCUUGGCUUUAGGGCUCACUUCAGAGGUGCCUACCUUUUUGGUUUGUUAGCUUUCGUUCUGUUCACUCAUGUUGUUUUAUUUUGUUGUUUUUCCUGCAAGGCCACUGACAGUUUACAAAACACUUUGUUUUUUUUUGUUUUUUUGUUUUUUUUUCUGGAGUUCAGAAAAAAAAUCAGCGACACAAAAGAUUAAAACUAUGGGAAUGUUGGAAAAAGACAAAAAAAAGGACAAAUGCUUCCAUUUUUAAAGAAAAAGUGCAACACAACACUUCACAGAAUGAAGAAAAUUGUGCUACUUUCAGAACUCUGGGAUUGAACAGUGUUGUCUUGUUCUGUUUAACCUUCUUUUGUUCUGUGUCGAUGUUGAUUUCAUGGACUAUCUGAAGCCUGUAUGUUUUAUGUUGAUUAUAUAUAUUUUUCCUUUAUAUAAAAAAAGAGAAAAGAAAAGAAAAAAAAAAAGACAUAAUUGCUCACUAUCUUGCACACACACGAAAAAGUGGAUCUUGUCUCAGGAAGGCCAGGGUUCCAGAGUACCAACUCCACGCCAUUUUAAUGUACAUUUUUAUGAUGAGUAAAAAAAAAAAAAGGAUGAUUUAAAAGAAACAAUUCUAAGCACUGAAAGUUAUGGAUUUCGGAAGAAGAGAAAAUACCUUUGUUUCUAAAUCCGUAGCAGUUACAUAAUAACCAAAUAAUGGACUUUAAAUGAAAAUGGAGUGCUUUAUAUAUAAAUCUAUAUAUUAAAACUGCUUUACAUUUAAAACAAAAAAAAAAGGUCAAUGAUUUUGAUUGUUAAAAAAAGAAAGACAGUGAAUAACAUGCAAAAUGCUGUAUGUUUGAAUCUUUAUUGUGUUUUCUUAAUGAGGUCCCGUCCUGACUGAAUCAGGAACAUUGUGCAUUACUCUUUCUUUCCUCUCGCUCUUUCUCUCUCUUUCUCUCAUUCUCCCACAGCGGGUAUUAUUUUUAUUUUAUUAUUGAUAAUAGAGGUAAAAAAAUCAGACUUUUGUGGAAACAUUUUCCACAUUUUGGAGGAUGUUUGUAAAACAUGAGCUGGUUGUAAAGGAUCAUGAAACUAUGCACAAGUGUUGGGGGGGGUUGGAAGAUGGGGAUUUUAUGGCCUACUUCAUAGUGGCUGGUCUAUUGCAGGGGUUUUGGGGAUUUAUUGUUUUUAUUUUGAUUUCUAAGGAGGUGGAGGGGUGAUUCAUGUCAAGCACCCGCCACCUCCAGCUUCCUCCCCCUGAUUCAGAUUGACCUAGCGCUACAUCGCCAUGCUGUGUACUCCUAAAACCAAUGAGCGUCUCACUCUUUAGCACUGUGGGAUUCUAGCCUGUCACCCUCAAGGGGUUUUUCUGUUAUUAAAGGUUUUCUUGGAGGGUGGGGUUGUGGGUGGGUGGGGGGGUUUAAGGGUUUAGGGCUGCUUUUUUUUUUCUUUUUUUUUUUUGCCUUUUUUGUUUUGUUUUGAAAUAUUAAGUAAAAAUGUCUGUACUGAGAUUUAAUGAAAAGUCAGUGGCUUGUAAUGUUUUAUUUUUUCUCUCUGUAUAUCUCUUUCUCCUCAUAGAAUGUGAUUGUUCAAUGACAUGCACCGAAACAAAUCUUUUCAUGAACUAUGGAGCUUCUUUCAAAUAUUAAUAAAAUAGCUUUUUUCUUGGCUGUUGAAAAAA